CGUGGUUUGCUAAAGCUCCCUAAUAUUUAUGCCAUACCGGACAGAUACCAGUGGGACUUACGAAAGAAAAAUAAAACGAGAAUUUCCCAUCAAACUUGGCCAGCCGAGAAGAGUGGUUCCUACCAUUUUCUAUUCCUUUCCCCGAUCCCCCACAUAAGUGAAAUCUGCUGAAGAGAAGUAGGGCAACGAGCCGGUCGGAAAAUUUUUGAGCUCCAGAGAUGCUCUUGAAUAUUCCGGACGGACCGAACCGAAACGGAUCUUUCCAUUUGACUUUCGACCGAAAUUUCCGGGAUUUUUGGCAUACUGUUAAAAGUACCUCUCUACACACAGACAAAAUAAGAAAUAAAUCUCCCUAAAAUUGAAAUAAAGUAGUGCUUUCUGCUAACAACGCUCAAACUUGUGCUUGUGAAAGGGAGAUUACUACAGUCGUAAAAAGCAAUAAGAAACCCCUAAGGGUGUAAAGAGGUUCGAACCUACGAGAAUUGUUCAGUGACUGUGUUAUGAAACUGCUAGGAGUAAAGCUGGCCAAAAGCGUGUUCAUACUCGCAAGAUACUAAAACUAACUAGAAAUAUAUUUAUUUUUGUACUGUUAGUAAGUUGUUAAAUAUAUCUCGUAAUUGUUCAGCAUGAGAAGAACUUAAGUUUUAGACCCCGAGUAUGAUGCUGGGAUACGCACCAGACUUCCGACAUCACUUUCAGAGCUCAUCAUCUGUAUGGGCACCGUGACUGGUUCGAAACUCCGCAACACCAUGGCGGAUAACUCGGCAAAUUUAAGAACUCUUGGCAUUUCACACAUCUUAAUAGGGAUCGUACUCGUCUGUUUAGGCAUCGCUGAUCGCUUUGAAAGCCUCUUUUGGACCGGUGAUUUAUAUUUUGGAAUAUGGAUUGGCAUAUGGGUGAGUUCUCCACACGUUUUUCGUGGGUUUGCAAGAAUGUCAGACAGCAAUUAUUGCUUCAGUUAAACGGCUGUCGAGCCCGGAGAUUUUUAUCCCUUUUGGUCAUUAAUAGGGUAUCGAUUUUGGCCAUUUUGGUCUCAAAUAGGGUAUGGUUUUUGCACUCUAUAGCUAGGCUUGAACUUAUUUGGUAUGCUUUUUAGAAGAAGCUACUUUUUCAUCAUUAUCGAUAAGACCAUCAACAAAAGCCCUUCACAAUGCCUUUAAAAUCGGUCUCACUCUGAAUUAGGGGAUUAAUUAUAAGACAGGUUUGAAACAGGGUAUUGAUUUAAGGGUCAUAUCUGAUAUAUGGUGUCACAUUUUCGGUUAGGUCGUAAAUAGGAUAGAGAAAAUCACAGAAUUUUGGUCUUGGAUAGGGUAAGGGUUUUGGGAGGCAGGCCGCACACCCCCAGCUGAUUUUUCUGUGAUUAACCCCCCCUGCGGGGGGGCACCGAGCAGGAUUUUCUGGGAAGUUCAAUCACGAUGAACACAAAUAAGCCGUUACUACCUCUUUGAAACCAUACUGUAGUUUCAUUCCUCCAACACUGGAGCUUUUUAAAGCUAUACAUUGUCUAUUGUUUGUUUCUUAAAUGUAAAAUGAGUAACAAGGAAUAUUGUCACAAACUGAUAAAAAUAUUCUGUUUUCUCUUCUUCUGCAGACAUGCAUCUCAGGAACUCUGGGCAUGUUCGCCAGUCUCAGAGAAACAACGUCUUCCCGAAAAGCGUUUGUAAGUUCCUGUUAGUUGAGAAGUUUUGAAGAAGCCUGGCCAAAGUAACUAACUUAAAAUCUUAAGAUUGAACGCAAAAAAAAACCAAAGCUUGCCUCUGCAAGUUAUCCUUUGCAUUCCAAUAUUUCUUUCGACCCUCUUGUACACACAUCUAUCAUUCACUUAGUUAGGGUGAAAAGAUCUCAGCAGGAAAUUACUUUGCUAUGCUUCCUUCAUUUCUUUCGGCGUUUCACCUCGCAAAAUUCUAUUGUUCACGCCAUAUCUUGCAAUUUGCUGCUCGGGUGAGAGAAAAUAGGAAGUGAGUUAUUACAACCAGGCUUGUUUUAUACUCAUAAAUACGUAUUGUUGAAAUUUUCAGAUGGGCGUCCUCUUAUUUUUCUGUACCAUAUCAGUUUUGCUUGGAUUGGCACUUGUCGCCAUCUACGGCUUUUUCAUUGUCAUUCUCUGGAAUAUUGCCGCCUAUAUUCCCGUAUACAUAGCUAUCGCCUCAAUGUUCGCGACUCUUGGUAUUCUUGAGACUGUUACAGGAAUCUGGUCAGCGGUAUGCUGUUGUCGCUCAUGCUGCGCUCUGACUCGGUCAGAACCGGAACAACAAUUUCUAAAUCCUGCCACUGACGCUGAAUCGGUCUCCACCGGUGAAUUCAUGACACAACGAACUGUUAGUGUUGCUAUGGUAAUUCCAGUACAAGGAGACGACAGUUGCGAUGCCACACAGGAGUGGAGCGGUCUUCUUCCGGCGAUCCCGGUACCUACCUUUGGAGCGACGGGGAAUCACCCUCAGCCUGUUGGUGCUCCCAUGUCAGUUCCGCUGCAAGCGGCAGGCGUCGUUGAGGUUGUUGUCCAAGCUUCUGAAUCAGUGGCUCAAGGAGGUCGGCGUUAAAUGAUUAGCUGCCGCCAUAGUAGUUCCAGUGUAAGCAGACGAUGGAGUGGUUGCAGUUCAGGCGGACAAGUUUACUUCUGGAGUGGAGGGAGUUCAACGUUGGAUUGCUCAAACUGAUACUUCUCUAGCGAUGGCUGCAGGCUACUCAGCAUUGAAAGAAAAUAUGUUUCUUUUUUAUAAUAAUUUAUUUAAUGAGAAGUACUAUAAAAUAAUCAUUAAAGCAGUCAGAUAACACUGAUGGCACGAGAAGCCUUAACGCAUGUGCAAUUUACAUUUUUGGCUAAAGGGUGAAACUUAAUUAAAGCUGAAGCAUAUUGUUGUAUCAAGCUUGACUGAAAUUUAGAUUUCAAAAAAUUGCAUUGCCACGGACCAAAUGUUUCUCUCAGGAAAACACUUACUUUGGUUUGAAAUAGGGCACGGGUUCCGAGAAAUGAACCUUAUCCAACCCACUCUCCCCGCGGAGGAAACCGAAACAUUUGGAAUAGUGACUAGAAUCAGAAAAAGUGUGAUCAUUUUGCCUCUACACUUAGCCAGGCAGGGAGAUCAUUGAAGACAUGGUUUUCCGAGUACAAAGACACUGUCUUGAUGUUCGACAAAAAUCCAUAGUCGCGAGUUAUGUCUAAGAAUGUGGCCAUAAGAUAUGCUUCCCGUUUGACAACAUAAAAGACAUGACCAUCAGGCCUCGAUGUUUGUGAAAGAUCAGAACGCUUGGAAUCACCACAUGGCCAUCCUACGGAGAAUUAUUGGCUUGGCUAAGAGCUUGGUAAUCACGCAAAAAAAAACACAUUC